AUGUGGGAAGUUUUAAAAAAACUGAGACGUUUUGAUGCUUAUCCCAAAACACUGGAAGAUGUUAGAAUUCAAACCUAUGGUGGUGGUGCAAUCACGAUUAUCAGUUUCAUGAUCAUGGGUUUGCUGUUUUGGUCUGAACUUGUAAAUUAUAUGACGCCCAAUAUUACAGAAGAACUAUUUGUGGACACAUCAAGAAGUCCAAACAUCCAGAUCAAUUUAGAUUUUAUAAUUCCAAAGAUUUCAUGUGAUUUUUUAGCAUUAGACGCGAUGGACUCUUCAGGAGAGCAACAUUUAGAAAUUAAUCACAAUAUUUAUAAAAGGAGGUUAGAUCUGGAGGGUAAACCAAUUGAAGCACCAAAAAAAGAGAAUAUCACAGUAAAAAUAAAAAGUGAAUCCACUGAGACUACAAAUAAAACAGAAUGUGGCAGCUGCUAUGGAGCAGCAGAUAGGUGUUGUAACACCUGUGAAGAGGUAAAAGAAGCUUAUCGUGAACGAAAGUGGGCCUUGGAUAAUGUCCAAAACAUAAGCCAAUGUAAAGAUGAAAAAUAUGGUGAAAAAUUGAAAACUGCUUUCAUGCAGGGUUGUCAGAUAUAUGGGAGUCUUAUUGUAAAUAGAGUAAGUGGGAGCUUCCAUGUAGCUCCUGGUGAAAGUUUCAGUGUCAGUCACCUCCACGUCCAUGAUGUUCAGCCAUUUUCAUCUAGUGAUUUCAACACUAGUCACAGAAUUCGUCAUCUUUCAUUUGGAGAGAGUAUAGAUAGUCAGACCCAUAAUCCUUUGAAGGAUUUGCAAGUUCAUGCUUUGGAAGGUUCGACAAUGUUCCAGUAUUAUAUCAAGAUAGUUCCGACUUCCUACAUUCGAAAAGAUGGAACUGUAAUAAGUACAAAUCAAUUUUCAGUAACAAAGCAUCAAAAAGUAGUGUCUAUCGUCAGCGGUGAAUCCGGAAUGCCUGGUAUAUUUUUUCAAUACGAGUUAUCUCCGUUAAUGGUGAAAUUUACUGAAAAAGAAAGGUCCUUCGGCCAUUUUGUUACGAAUUUAUGUGCUAUCAUUGGCGGUGUUUACACAGUGGCAGGGCUUCUGGAUACAUUUUUAUAUCAUUCUGUGAAGUUAAUACAAAGAAAAAUGGAACUAGGAAAGUUACAUUAG